AUGGCUGCUGAUUCCAAAAACAUCAAUGCUCUGGCUAGGCAAUUCCAAACUGAUAAGAAAGAUGUCAUAAAGUACUGCUUCAGUCGGUUGGACAACGACCGUGUUGUCCACGAGACUUACAUACAUCAUCUCCGAGUUAUAGAGGACUCUCACCAUCAAAACAAAAGACCACCACACAACGGGAACACCGACCAUAAAAAGGCAAGAAUACUCAUGUUGGGAGUGAAACGGUCUGGUAGGGUUCGACUACACAAAGGUAGACAGAAUAAAGAUCGGUCCAUUCAAAUUGGACGAACUUGGGAUCUGGACGAAGUUAAGAAAAUUGAAAUUGACCCUUUGAUGGAUGGAGGGUUCAUACUUACUAUGGGGAAGCCUUAUUUUUGGCUCGGCACUAAUUAUCAAGAGACGGAAAUGUUUACCUUGACACUCUUACAAACUUAUCUCAAAUACACGGGUGGCAAGUUGCCGGAUGUGGUGAAUGUUCCAUUGGAAAAGAUUGGAAUACCUAUCCGUAAACAGUCAUUGCGAGGUCUAACUGGUGCUGCCAAUACUACAAACGGAGAACAAACUAACUUACCUCAACGAAAACAAAGUCUACCAACUUCGAACGUUCAUAAAGGCUCCUCGCCUCUCAAAGACCGCGGGUCCAAUCAUCAACAAGUUUUACCCUUAGUGCCGAAUGAAGUAAGCUCCCAUUCCUCUCCAGAAAAGAGGAAAGAUUCGGUUCCUUCUACUAGAGAUCCAUUCAUCAACAAUAGUAGUCCCACAAAGACUGCUACUGCGCCCUUAAUCACCCCUCAAGACGCCUCCCGUAGAGAACCUAUCGUUCCCCAUAUUAGCAUAACGCCUCCACCUCCCGAUUCAAAAGAUACUAAAGAUGCUUUGAAUAAAAUAGAGUUUAAGCCACACUCAAGACGCAGUUCAGCUGUAGCUGAUGAGAUGGAUAACACCGUAGAGAACGAUGACGAUUUUAAUGAUUUGUACAAUGAUUAUGGUGAUGAGCCAGCAAGGAAAAAUUCGAACACAGAUGAAAAUCACUUGUCAAGAACAGUUCCGGAUUUAGCCAACAGUUUUAAAGAACUAGAAUUCGAUGAGGAGAACGACAAAUACUUCCCAGACACUUAUGAUAAAGAAGCAUUACCAGAUGAGAAUCACAAUUCCAUCACAGAUAUCGAAUGGACAGAAAAUGAUAAUGCCAAGUCUCUUGAACAGAAACUUCUGAAGAAAAUCCAUACAAUUGAAUUAUCCAAAACACAGUUUCUCAUUGAUAACACUGGGGAUAUGACGCUUGUGAAUGAAUUGAUACAAAAAUCUAUCAAACAAUGUCAGUUCAUCAAUCCUUUAUUAUCAUUUUUCAGCAUGGAAUUGUCUACCGUCCAGGAUGAUGUUGAACAUAUUGAGCAACGUGCUAAAGGGAUUCAUGUCGAAACACAAAAUAAGAAAAGACUUUGGAAGGAAAUAAGGGCUCAACUUGAUCAAAACAGUUUCUAA